CGGCGGGCCAUGGCGGUGCCGCCGGCCGCGCUGCCCGCCUCGCUGCCGCCGCGGGAGCCGCCGGAGCCCGGCAGUCCCUAGCGCAGGCUGCGGGCUUUCUGCAAGUCAUCGGGGCCGGCGGACGCACCCCGCGCUGCCCUACCGCUCCCCCAGCCCAGCGCAUCCACUCGGGAAUUUUUGGGUUUGUUGGGUUUUUUUAUUUUAUUUUUUUUAUUUUAUUUUCCUCCCCCGUGCUGUAUGUACUGGUUUUCCUCGUCACCCGCCACGGUUAACUUCCCUGUGACUCGGUUUAACUCUUGAGAUCUACGUGGAUGUUGCUAAGAGCACUUCUCUUGCCUUUGCUGUCCCUUGCUGGGAUCGGAUUCACACUACCCGGACCCUGUGUGCCUGUAUGUGUGUUCUGAGUGUCUUGACAUUUUGAUUCCUUUACAAGAGCUAUGCAUUAAUUGUAACCAAGACCUGUGAGUGACCAUAGGCUUGGCUUGACCUUGAUUUUGAUGGCUUUGUUGGAAGAUCUAAUGAUGUGAUUGCAUUUCACGAGGUGAUUGCUCUCCAGCCUCCGUGGCUCAGGGUAUAAACCGCUUCUGCCACACUGUCACUCAUGGACAAUUCAGAUUUUUUUUUUAAACAAACCUUUUGGCUACCAUUAUUUUCUCACUCCUCCUUUCCCUGCUGUUUCUCCUUAAUGCUGGGAGCCUUAUUCUACCCUCUGAUGUGAUUGAUAGUCCUGCUGCUUUGCGCUGCUGAUUUCUGGUUUAAAAUACAAUGGCUCUAAGUGGCAACUGCAGGACUUACCUGCCUCCUCGGGAGCAGGGGACUGGACUACACUCCUUCCCAGAGGUAGUGGAGCUCAACGUGGGUGGCCAGGUUUACUUCACUCGCCACUCCACCUUGGUUGGCACCCCUCACUCCCUGCUGUGGAAAAUGUUCACCCCAAAGAGAGACACAGCCAACGAUCUGGCCAAGGACUCCAAGGGAAGAUUCUUCAUUGACAGAGAUGGUUUCCUUUUCCGCUAUAUUCUGGACUAUCUCAGGGACAAGCAAGUGGUUUUGCCUGACCACUUCCCAGAGAAGGGAAGGCUCAAGAGGGAGGCUGAGUACUUCCAGCUCCCAGACUUAGUCAAACUCCUGACUCCUGAUGACAACAAGCAAAGCCCUGAUGAUUAUUGCCACAGUGACUACGAAGAGGUCUCCCAAGGCAGUGACACGAGAAUAUGCCCACCCUCAUCGCUCUUACCGUCAGAUCGGAAGUGGGGAUUCAUUACCAUCGGGUACCGGGGGUCGUGCACUAUUGGCAGGGAGAGCCAAGCAGAUGCCAAAUUCAGGAGGGUCCCAAGGAUUUUGGUUUGUGGAAGGAUUGCUCUGGUCAAAGAGGUCUUUGGAGAAAGUUUAAAUGAAAGCAGGGACCCAGACAGGGCUCCAGAAAGGUACACCUCCAGGUUUUAUCUCAAGUUCAAGCACCUGGAGAGGGCUUUCGACAUGUUGUCCGAGUGUGGAUUCCACAUGGUGGCCUGUAACUCCUCGGUGACAGCUUCCUUCGUCAACCAGUACACAGAUGACAAGGUCUGGUCCAGCUACACCGAAUAUGUCUUCUACCGUGAGCCCUCCCGGUGGUCCUCGUCCCACUGCGACUGCUGCUGCAAGAACGGCAAAGGCGACAAGGAGGGAGAGAGCGGCACAUCCUGCAACGAGCUGUCAACAUCCAGCUGCGACAGCCAGUCGGAGGCCAGCUCCCCCCAGGAGACCGUCAUCUGCGGCCCUGUCACGCGCCAGACCAACAUACAGACUCUGGACCGGCCGGCCAAGAAGGGCCCUGUGCAGCUGCUGCAGCAGUCCGAGAUCCGCAGGAAGAGCGACCUGCUCCGGACUCUCACCUCUGGCUCCCGGGAGUCCAACUCCAGCAAGAAAAAAGCAGUGAAGGAGAAGCUCUCCAUUGAGGAGGAGCUGGAAAAAUGUAUCCAGGAUUUCCUCAAAAUCAAAAUCCCAGACCGGUUUCCCGAGAGGAAACACCCCUGGCAAUCUGAACUGCUGCGGAAGUACCACCUUUAGGCUCAGGGUGGGGAGAGCACAUGACCUUGUUACAUUAGAGACAGAUCCUAAGUGAUACAAAAAUAAUUCCCAAUAAUAAUUAUUUAUUAGGUCACCGAAACCAAAAUCCAUCUCUAGUACUGCCUAAUUUGCCUAUUUCACCUUAACAUUUCUAGUCGUAGGGUAACGAUAUUUUUUGCAGUCCUGGAAGCACAAUGACAAACGCUUUCGUUUGUAAACUCGGAGUCUUACACAAGCUGAAAACCUUAAGGGCACAACCAGACCCAUGCCAAGGGAUGGUUGCAUGCAGCUGCCAGUGCCGUGGGAGCGUGGCCUGGGAACAGGCAGGUCAGGGGGAUGUGAGCUCCGUGCCCUCUGUGUCCAGCUCAGAGCACAUCUGUUUGGAGGGAGGUGCACACUGCGAAGCCCCAAGCUCUGCCGUGGCAGUUUAAGCAUGUGUAUAUAUAUAUAUGUGCAUAUAUAUAUGUGUGUAUAUAUAUCUCUGUGUAUAUAUAUAUGUAUAUAUAUAUCUAUAUAUAUAUAUCAAUAUAUAUUGCUUAAAGAUUUUCUGGCUCUCUCCUCAUAACUGCACUUUCUCAGAAAAGCGCAUUUUUUAGCCGUCUGUGGAUGUUCAGUUUCUUCUCCAGGUCUUUGAGGGCUGAACAGUAGAAGUCCAUCUCACUGUCUCUCCCCUGCUCCCUCUCCCUGUCUUUACCCCUUCUCUGAGACACUGUAAAUGCGUUUCAGUGGAGAUCAGGGUGCAGUCUGUGGUUCUUUGUUACCAUCAGCAAAUACUCCCAUUUGUUUUGGAUGAUCUUGUCCCUCUGUGUCCUCCCCACACCUCUUGUGUUCCUCAAAGCUCCCCAGUGUCAGUGGGUUAAAGGUGUGCUGAUCCCAGCUGGAAAGCUGUAGGGCUGGUUCCACGGCUGUGUGUGGAGUGGCUGUGCUGGUUUUUGUGGAUGCCAGGCACAAGUGCCAGGGGUGUCUAUCCCAGCUGGCAGGGACAGAGGGCACUGUAUCCCAUCCGGCACAGAAGCACCCACAGAAAUCACCCACCCAACCAGCCCCAUGGUGCUUUGUGUGUGGGGAUCCACUGUUGGAGGAGAGAGUAGGUGUGUGCCAAGAGAAAGUACAACCCUAGGAGGUACCUGCGUUCCAUCCCACAGAUCCCAUGGUGGGACAGCCAGCAAACUGCACCGUGUGUGCCGUGUCACCCCCGGAGCCAUGGGAAAGGCUGGUCCUGCACUGACCCACGGGGAAAGGGUGCAGGUGGGUCUAUGGGGUGCAGAAGUUCCAAGGCCAGGUAAGGCCUGAGCAUGGCAGCACAGACCAGAGAGCGUCGGGGGGUUGGCAGGUGGCAAAGGCGUGGGAUCAACCAAACUGGGAGCAGGGGAGCACCGGGGGGGAUCAGCUCUGGGGGCUCAGGCUGCUAAGGAGGGAAGCCAUGGAGAGUGAUGGAAAACUUAGUUGCUCCAGCUAGCCUGUGUUGGCCACAUCUGGGAACAACCCAGCUGGAGGAUUUGGGAUAAAUUUUUCAUUUUCUAAAGGCACAGAAAGAAGAUUUUUAUAUAUAUAGAAAAAACUACCGACAAUGACAGUGCUGGUAGCACAGAGCACUUGGAUUUUGACUCAUUUAGCAUCCUGCAGAUUCGAGGGCUUCCCACCUACUAAAUUCCAGAGGUUGCUGUGGGAGAUGAUGCUGUCCCAUCUGCACUGGUUCUCUCUGUGAUCCUCAUGCAGUUCCAGCAAGACGGAAGCUUGGUUCCUGUGGGGUUCCAUCAUGCCCAGCUGGGACAGAGGGGUUUGGCAGAGAACUGUGAAGUCUUCACAAGCACACAGGUGUGUUUUGGUGAGGAUGCACAUUUUACCAGCAACAAUAGGAAGCAAUACUUGUCCAGAGGGAUCCAUAAGCAUGAGCUGGUUGUGGGGAGGGGGAAACCCUCCCAGCAAUACAUCUCCAGGUUGUGGCAGAACAGGGCUUGGAUGUAGCAGCUGGUCACCACCUCUAUGGAGAUUGUACAUGAAGAAGGUGCCAUUCCUUACAGCUGGCAUGCCAUGUUGGUACCAAGGAUUGGGAAUGAGAGGCUCUGGGCUGGGAAAUGCUCAGUGAGGAAACUCAGAGCUUCCCAGAAUUCUGCUUUAGAACGAGUUCAGGUUUUAGGACAUUCCCUCAUGCUGGAGUUCAGGCCUGGCUGUUGUGCCACCUUCCACUUACAGGCUCAAAAGGCACAUGUUCCCACAGAAACCAAUGUUUUGCACAAGAUCCACACAUUUGGCCCUGCUUAGUUGUGUUGUGGUUAGUUUAUAACAUUUUUCUUUUCCUGCUAAACAUUUCCCACACCUUACCCUCCUGCUCUGGCACCAAGCAAGAAAACCUCCGGAUUUCCAGCAGAGAAUGGGGUUGGGAACAGGUCCCCUUGUUCCUUGGCAGCAGACUGGAGCUAAAACCUUGUCCUUUCAAUCCCGAUCUUUCCAAGUCUCUCUUUAAUAUCACAAAUAUUUGGGCUAUAAACUGCAUGUGAGAGUGGAAGAACAGGCAUUGGAUGUGUGUGUGUGUGUGUUCCCAGGCUGAUGUUCCGGGGACACAGGAUUGCUCAGUGAUUAAUAACUGUGGAAAAAUUAGACCAAAUGAAAUGCGCCUGAGUGGGCCUGAUUUAUGUGGCCUUCAUGUCUCCAGUUUGAGAUGAAAUGGUUAUUACUCUCCAGUGCUACAGAAAUAAAGGUCUUAAACUUCAGUAAUCACAAGCAGGCUGAACCUGCUGGGAAACCCAAUUUGAGAUGGGGCUGGAGGAGGGCAGUGCCCAGACAUGGGGCUCGUGUGUGUGCAUGAUUGUGUGUGUUCUGCUGUGCUACUAAGGGGUCUUGUUCUGGUCUAACUACAUGUAUGGUUGUUUUAUGAGUGGCUUGUAUAGAGCUGGGGCUGUGCUGCCAGGUUUUGUGCUGCUCACAGUGACUGGUGGGCUGUAGGUGGAACACAGGAGGCCUGAGUGGUGGGGGGGGGCUGUCACUCCUCCCCAGCAGAGUCAGAGCUGUGUGGAUGCUGCCCAGAGCUCCCCUUCUCUCCAUCCUCACUCACUGCUCUCUCUGCACCACCCCGGUUCCAUGGCACCCCCUCAAAAAGCCACAUUUAGGUCACCUCAUUCUGCCACCACUGGGCAGGGGCAGGGGAUGGGAGCAUCCAGCAAUGGUGUGGAAAAACCAUGGGCAGGUAGAGACAGGGACCAGGGGAAUUAAAAAUGCUGCUCCAUGGUGGCCCCAUAGUUCAGCUGUGUGUGGCAGUGGGUCAGGAAAGAGCAAUCAAACCUUCUACAGGCACCAGGAUGGCGGCAGGAGGGUGACAGUAACUCUGGAAGACCUGUUCCUAAAAAUAGUGCCAUGGACAUAUAGAGACACAAAACUAUAUAUACUUCCAUGUAGUUGGAUAGAUAUAAUCACACUCCUAGGGAUGAAAGGCAGGUGCCAAUGCCUUCUUGGAAAGGUUGUUCCCCAUCCCCUCAGGGGUGGGCAUCUCUCACUGUUCCCAGGGACAGGAAAUCCCUGCAAUAGGUGGGUGUCAAAGUGGUACCUCAAAGCCUAUGGCCAACAGGAGGAGGGGAACGUGGCCCAUGCUUGGUGUGUCCAGAACCUUCCUCCUACCAGGGCUUUUCCCUGAGGCUGUGCUGGGAAAUGGGGCCAUGAAGGGAAGAAUGGAGACAAGGUAUUUCAGAGGAAAAAAGGAAACUGGAAUGAGAUUGCCAGAAAGGCAGAUGGGUUUGGGGCUCUAAAGUAUAUUCUACUCAAUUCUACUCUCUACUUUCAGUGAGAGAACCCAUGUCUCUCCCUAGGACAGUUUUGGUAGCAAUCCAAAAUUAAACUCAGUUCACAGAGUACUUUAUUCUUUCUAAAAUAUCUGGGGGCAAACUGGACUUUGAGCUACUUUCCACACAUAACGAAGACCAAAUAUAACUUCUGUUGAAAUUAACUGAAAAACUUACAUUGACUUCAGUGGGACUGAGACUCCCCUAAAACAACUUUUCUCAAGAAAAAUGGGCACUUGUCCCAGUGAGGAUGAGUAAGAACAUACACAUCCAUGUACAUUGCUUGCGUGGCACAGGUCCAGUCAUUUGGGGAUGGUGUGGCACAGCCAGUCUGUAAAUAUCAUGGCCUGGUCUUACUUAAGCUUAGCUUAGGGCGCUGGGGAGGGAACGUGGUGAGCAACCCCUGCCCCUAUGGGUGGGUGACACAGCUCCUGUCACAGCCACCCACAUCCCACCUGCCCCGGUGCCCAUGACAGCUUCCACCUCUCCUGGGCAGAAUUCCCAGUUUCCAAGGGUUUUGUUAUGUGCCCAAACACCUCGAGACACCUGAGCAGGACUCAGAGCAUCAGGGGGAGACACAGGGAGAAUGUGUCAGUUUACACAGACCCACAGGGACCAAAUUAUUUUACCAUCUGCACACGCUCUCCAGAGGCUUCACAGUGCUCUGGAGAACAUUUUAGUGUUUUAAUUCUAGUUUGGUGGUCCAUUUAUUAAUUUCAUUUUCAAAUUGUGGGCUGAAGGAGAAGACAAGGUUGGAGUUUAUUGGCAAUGGCCAUCACGUAGCCAAGCCCUUCAGCUGUGUCCCAAUCUGUUCUCCCAGCCCUAGGAAGGCUGGAGGAAACUUUCCAGCUCCUUACCCUUCCCAAAGCCCUUCCUACCACGGCGAGUAUGGACUUUCAGAGUACUUUAUGCACAAGGCCCCAUGUGUAUCAUGGUACAAAAUAAUUGUCCAGUCUUAUGGAUAGUUUAUGCCCCAACGGGGUUUUGUAGAUUAAUAGUAAAAGGACAGAAAAAAAAAAAAAGAAAAAGCACUUUUAAAUUAUUUGUAUUAUAAAAAGACAUUCUUUAUUUUUCUUGGCAUCGAUGUCACUUAGCUAAAAAAUCCGUUUAUAAAUAGGAUAUUGCAGAUUUUAAACUAUAGCAAUGCUAAAGCAAACACAAAAAAGCAGAAUUCAGAGUUACACAGACAAAACUUACUGAGGUGAAGCAGGAGGGAGGCAGGGCCCAGCUGGCUGAACGGGUGGGCGUUGGAGUUGAGGGGGAUGAUGUCCUCCCUGGGGCCCCUUUGUGGUCCCCUCUGGCCACCCCCAGCCCCAGGGAGGUGGCUGGACCAGUUCCCCCCCCAGUCAUUUGGGGUUGUACAAAAGAGCAGGUGCUGCCAGUGCAAUACUGUCCCAGCCAACACGGGGUGUAGAGGGGGUUUGGUGAUGUUGUGAUCUCUCGGGGCCUUGCUUACGUUACAUUUUCGGACCUCAUACAGCACUUAAUGACUUCGCUGAGGCUGAGUCAGUCUGUUGCACAUUGAUGUAGAUUAAGUGGCACCCACUGAAUUACCUCUCGACUUUCCAACGUGGUUCACUUGUACAUAAGUGUAAUGUCAAACUGUUUACAGGUUCUUUUGUGCGUAAUUGUGGAAAAAAAAAAAAAGUUUUAACUACAAAUUUAAAGGAAUCGAUUUUACUGGAAGGUGUUUAAAAAAAUGAAUGUGCUUAAUACAGUAUAGACAUCCUUGCUAAUGGUCUCACCUGAAUGCAUGUAUCCGUGUUGUCAGUCCCCACCAGUGAGGUUAUUGGCAAUAUUCUGCAGUCUGUGAAUAGCAAAUAUGCAUAAACUACUGUGACUCUGACAAAUAUAACUCGGUAACUGUUUCUACUGUGGUAUGUAAAAAAAAAAAAAUCUUGUAGCUUUUAGCCUGCUGUAUUUCUCUGGUGCAAAGAACACCAGGAAAAAGAGAGAUCUUGGAAAAAAUGAAGUCACAGCUGUGACCUGUGUGGGGUCAUUCAUGCAAUGGCACCUUCUGGGUCGCUGUGGUACAGGCGCUAAAAAUGCCAUUUUUAGAGGCUGGGAGGUGGGAAGUGAAGGUGUUGCUGCUGCCUUCUGCUCUGGCAUUGCUGCUGGAAGCAUAGCUGGCCUUUGGCUCAGGGGAUGAUGAGUGAAGAGCUGCUCCAUGUGCAGGGGGGGUGUCAGACCCUGCAUGGGGUAGCACAGCACCGGUGUCAGGACGCUGGGCCACUGAAAACUGCAGCCAAUUUGUGUCUUGCCAUUCAAAUAAAGCAGUGAAUAUACACUGUAAGAGCACAGACAAGAAUAAAUAAGUUGGUAUCUUUCAACUGUCACAUACACACGCAGGAAUACAUCCAGAGAUCCAUCCAGGCUUUCUUGCCCAUGGGGAUUUAGCAUCAGGCCUUGUGACCACUUCUCUCCCUCCCAGUGGGGCAUUAUUCUCCUGUGAAAGUGAUGGGUAUUUUUCCUCAUUUAUUUCUGGAUUGGUCUGAAAAUAACAGUUCAGUGGUCACAGGGGAAAGUUCUUCUCCCUCCCUGUCUCGCACAGAGAUUUUGUGAUGCUGUGAUUUGAAAGUCCUGGCCCCAGCAGCUGGAUAAGCCAUUGCUGCCUUAGGGGUUACCUGCCAGAGGGUAUCCAAAAAUACUUUAUCCUUUGUCAUUUUAAAGACAUCUUGGCAAGGGAUGGCUUCAUCCCAGCCAGCGGCUGAGUUACAAGUGGAGGAGGUGCAGGGCAUGACAAGAGGAGAAAGAUACAGGGGGAAAGGCAGGAUAUCUUUUUGGGACAUGGAGAGGUAGCCAGCUGUGGCCUUUUCCAGAGUUGGCCCUCAGUCAUCCAUCCCAGGUAGGUCCCUGGGGAAUGGUGUCCAGCAGUGAAGACUUCACCUUCCUGCAGUAGCUGCUGCAAAGAUAAAAGGGGAAAAGGUGGUGGGAAGGAGCUGUUCUGCCCCAGCAUGGCUGUUCUUGGAGCAGCAGAUUCACAAUUUGGGGUUACUGCUGUAUCUUGGCCCAUCCCUGGAAGUGUUCAAGGCCAGGUUGGAUGGGGAUUGGAGCAGCCUGGUCUAGUGGAAAGUGUUCCUGCCUUCCCCUGGCAGGGGGUAGAACAAGAUGGGCUUUAAGGUCCCUUCCCACCCAGGCCAUUCUGUGAUUCCAUGAUCUUCCUCCCUUCAGCACAGCUCUCUGGGAGCAAUUAGGGCUCUGUCCUGCUGCCACUGCCACGUGGGUGGCCCAGCUCCCAACGCUCCCAGUCAUACCUGCAUGGAUGGAAUUGGGAAGCAUCGCUGUAGGCAAGCUGGGGCUGAAAAAGCCAGAAAACCAGAUGAUGGCUCACUUGUGGAGCUGAGGAUCCAGGGAUGAUUGGUUUUAUUAUUAUUUUUAAUCUGUGGUACUUGGCUGUGGUUGAGAGGAAGCCCUUUCCAACGGCCCCUUCUGGGAGAAGGUGAAAGAUCCAUCUUUGCAGCAUUUCCCCCAUAUGGUACUUCCCUGUAGCAGGGAUUUGGAUGUUGCAGUGUCUGCACAAGCAUAUGGAAGGCAAAGUGUGUUGGAAGCUGUGUCUCCUCAGAUGGUGAGGCGGCUGCUCGCCGGGUGUACCUGCGGCACCAGCCCAGUGCUGGCAGCACCAUGAGCCAGGUGAUCCUGGCACAAUCCCUAUCCUGGCAGAGAACUCUGUAGGAGGCACCUGCCUUCUGCCUCGGAGCCACACCUGCAGUAGGGCCAGUGUCCCUAAACCCCCCUUACAGCUCUCGGAUGAGCUUCUCCCAGAUUAGCCACCCCUUGCCUGGAGCCAAGGAGCUGGGGGAGAGGGCAGGGUGAACCGAGGAGACAGUUCUGCUGCUGUUCCUGAGCAAAUUCAGGGGUCUGCAGCCCUGUUACCCCUCGCUGGGAUUGUCUCUCACAAUCCAUCUCUCCAUACAGGAGAACACACGGGGAGCAGCUGAGACCCCCAGUAUGGGUGGCAGGUCUUCUCUCCAGCAGGACGCCCCUCAGUUCUGAGAAGCAGCUCACCUCUGCUGCUUCCCACACUCAUUCUGAGGCAGAAAGCUGAAUUUUGCUAUUCUGAGCACUUUUGAGCACUGUCUUGUCUUCUUUUCAUGUCAGGGCAGAUGUGAAAGAGUAGUGGGUGUUCGGGUUAGAACACCUGCACAAUAAUUACUGAGGAUUUAAUUACCUCCCCUGCGCAACACUGGAUGAUGUGCAUGGAAAACAGGAGAGAUUCCCUUUGAUACCAGGUGAUACCAGAAAAUGAUUUUAAUCUGCCUUACAACUAUAUAAUUAAAGGAGCUUAUAUAUAGAAAUAUAUAUAUAUAUAUACACACACACACACAUAUACGUACAUUUCUUUUUCUUGCUGCUGGAGUUACAGUCGUUCUGGCCUGGGAGCAGAGUAGGCAGCACUAGGUUAGAACUGGGCUUGCUCCAUGCCGAGUGCUGCCGUAAGCCACAAGGGUGAGUUGGGGUGGGAAGAGCAAACUCACUGCUUUCCACAGCCCUUUCAGGGGAGAGGCCACCCCUCCCCAGAGGUAAUCCCCAACCCCCCAAAAUGACAAGCUAUCCCCACGCCUGGUGUCUGUGGAGGAGGUGUGGGGGGGUGGGAAGGCUGUGGUCAGUCUCUGGAGGAGGUGUGGGGUGGGGAAGGCUGUGGGCAGUCCCUCUGUCACCCCUUCUGCUCCCUGACCUGGGCGAUUCCCCCUUGGCACGAUGCUCGGGCAAGGAGAGGUGUGACCCUGCAGGUCAUUCCGGGCUUGACAGGAAUGGGACUAAAUUAUUGUUGUGCCCCAAAACCAGAGCAAACAAGUAGCUCAGCAGCUUGUUCAGAGGUAUCCAGGAGAGAAGAUCCCUCCACUGUCAGGCAGGAUGUGGGUGGGAUAACAGUGCCUGGGACGCAAAACCCUGCAUCCUCCAGCCUCUCCCCUCUGUCCCGAGUCAGGGCGAUGAGGAAACCUGCUGCAGGGAACUGGAACAACGGGAUGGUGUCAGGUGAGGGCAGAGAGCAUCGGAUACUCACUUCUCCCUCGACUGUUCUCUCCCGUUGCUGCUGCCGAGAGCCGGGAACUGGUGCUGCCUCCGCCCCCGUGCUACUGCUGCCGAGGUGUCUGUGGGGAGAGCUCUGUAAAUACAGCAGGUUAAAAACUGGCACAGUAUCAGCAGGUCUGUAUUUAAUGCAGAUGUUUCCCAUGUUUUGUAGUAUUGUUUUAUUGAUAAAUAAAAAUCAACCAAAGACAAAAAA